AAGCAUCCAUCUGUCAUGGCAAACGUCCUGUCAGUGCCUUUACACAAGCCACAGCUCAAUGCUGGGUUAGACCCAAGUGGAACUAUGCUUCAUUACAGUCAAUCCAGCCGCUGGCCCAGCAAUACUGCCUGACUUCAGUAAUGCAGACCUCAGCUCCAGCUCUGAAGCCAACCUCCCCUGUGAGAACUGCUGCUUUCUCCAGGACUGAUAUGUUUAGUGCUUCCCACAGACUGGCCUGCAAAUCACUGAGUGAUGCAGAAAAUAAGAAACUCUUUGGGAUCUGCAACCAGUGUCAUGGGCACAACUAUACAGUGGUGGUGACCGUGUGUGGAGAAAUUGAACCUGCCACAGGGAUGGUUAUAAAUCUGAGAGACCUGAAAGAGUACAUGCAGGAGGCGAUCACGGAGCUGCUUGACCACAAGAACCUGGAUCAGGAUGUGCCCUAUUUUGUUGAUGUUGUGAGCACAACUGAGAAUGUAGCAGUGUACAUCUGGGAAAACCUUCAGAAGCGCCUGCCCGCAGGGGCUCUUUAUAAGGUCAAGGUGUAUGAAACUGAACAAGCCGUCAUUGUAUACAAGGGAGAAGAGACGGCUCCGAGGGCCUCAGCAUGUGACCUGAGCACACACGGCAUAAUCAGGGAUUAGCAUUGCCCACAGAAGAAAUGAAGCUUUGCAAUCAAGAUACAAUCUCCUGCACUGCAGGUAGUUCCUGUUCCUGCCUCACUAACCGUGUCCAGCCCUGGUCUCACUCUUGCCUGCUGCUGACAUGUUGUGAGUGAACAUUUUAAGGCUAAUUUUCCCAGCCAACAUAAACAACCAAGCUUAUUGCAGACACUGAAAUGUCCUUAGCCGGUUACUGGGGAGGCAAAGGAUCAUAGUGGUAUAGCAGGACACUCACCUUUUGAACGCCUCCUGCUGCUGCUGUGUGGUAUUGCAGUCCUUUUCUCACACCUGGUGUCCCUGUAAGGUUGUGGACCUCACUUGGCAGGUCUCCACUGGCUUGGCCCUCAAACCGAGUUACACAGUUUGGGUGACCAGGUGACACAGGCAAAAUGAACCUCUUUCAGCUCAGGAAAGAAUCAAACAAAACUGCUUCUCUGCUCUCACCAGGCUCUUCAGCUCCUGCUCUUUACUCUUUAAAUCCAGCCCUUGGCGGGGCACCCCCGCGAGCCUUAUCUCAUUGCUGGGGCUUACCCCACUUCCUCAGUGGCCAGUGGGGGAACCAGGCCCAUGCCCUUCGCCAGGUUCCAAACCAGGGACGCUACGAACAUCAGCCACAUGUGCCGCACAUUUCCAUUUAUAGCUGCUACUUCCUUGGACCUUUUCCCACUUGGCCCCUUUAUCUCCACUGCUCGCUUAAGUUUUCAGGGCCUGCCCCUGGGGCUACUGACAGAAUUGCUGGGCCCCUGGGCAUGGGGGGAGAGGGCACCUGAAUGAGGUGGGGCCUCAGGUGGAAGGGUAGGACUGGGAGCUAGCCUUCCCCAGCCAGCCCAUCAGUGCUGUACAACCUGCAUUGUGCAGGGCUCCAGCAAUGAUUUAAAAGGCCCAGGGGUCUGGGUGCGGUAGUGGUGGCCAGGCACCCCCUUUUGAAAUCACCAAGUCCUGGAGCAGCUGUCCUUUUUGCUCCCCCCCCCUCCCACAUCAGUGGCCCUGACUGCCCCCCAGCUUAAGUCAAUGCAGCUGGAACCAAAAUCUGUCCACUCUUUAAGCACCUGUGGCCAGAGGGCAGCUCCCAAACCCAUCCCUCUGGUCUCUCUUCCCCCAGCCAAAGACUGACUUGCCUACGCCCAACAGCUCCUUUGAUCUGAGCCAGUGGGGCUUAGAUGGGCUGGCUGCAUGAGGCUUCUCUAGACAGGCCCAAAGGACAUACUUUCUCUACUGCUUUCCUGAAGCAGGUGUAGUAGGUCCUUGCGGUCUCCGACAGGGGGCCAGGAAUGACCAGGUACACCGUUCGGGGAGGAAUAUUAAUGACAACACUGUGUGAAUAAACAGGCUUUGCAGAUCACCCUCAUGGUGUCUCCUUCAGCUACUGACUCUACGGAUCAGAGUACAUUUAGUUGCUGAAUCAGAGCAGAGCUGCAGCUGGUGUAAUCCCUCGGGAGGUGACAACUGAAAUACAGUAAACUUCUGAUA